AUGUCGUUCUUCCAAAACUUUAAUACGCAUUCGCUAAGGUCGACUAGGGGAUUUAAAUUGAAGCAAUCAUCACCAAUAUCAAGCCCUCAACCGGUUUCAAACUCAACAUUCCCAAACCCACCACAAAAUAACCAGUCAUAUCAGCAAGAGCCAGGGCAAGCAUACCAAACAAUAAACUUAAAUAAUGGUGGGCAGUCAGUUUCAUCACAUAAAGAUAUAAGACAUUAUGCAGAACAAACAUUAGGGUCCGAUAGUGCAUUGAUCCAAGCAGUCAAAUUACCACAGGACGAAGAUAUCAAUGAGUGGCUAGCUAUUCACGUAGUUGAUUUCUACAAUCAAAUAAAUAUGUUAUACGGGGCAAUAACAGAGUUUUGUUCUCCGAAGACGUGUCCUAGAAUGAUAGCAACCGACGAAUAUGAAUACUUGUGGCAAGAGACCAAUCCCAGCUCCAAUGGGAUGGCCCUGCCUAAGAGGCCGGUAUCAUUACCUGCUUGUGAAUACACAGAGAAUUUGAUGAAUUGGAUUCAAAACUUUUUUGAUAAUGAUAAUGUAUUUCCUUCUAAAAUUGGAGCACCUUUCCCACAACAAUUUCCAAGCUUGGUGAAAACCAUUUUCAAAAGAUUGUUUAGAAUCUAUGCCCAUAUUUAUUGUCACCAUUUCCAUGAAAUCUCCGAACUAGGGUUACAAAGUCACCUUAAUACCAGUUUAAAGCACUACGUUUUAUUUAGUAAUGAGUUUAAUUUAAUUACUCGUAAAGAUUAUGGACCUUUAGAAGAUUUGGUUGAUACUAUGCUUAAGAAAUAA